AUGUCUCGACGCAGAUACCCCAACCAGAACAGGAUUUACGGUGGAGGCGCGCUGUCGACCCACGCGGUGUGGCAGGACAGCAUCGGCUACGACCCCCACGCGCCCAUCCAGCGACACCACAACGGCAGUCACUCCAGCACAACCGGCCCUACCUCCGCUGACCUCGCCAGCGGCUAUGACCAGUUCCGUGCCCUUCUCGCCCGGGCCACGGCGUCCAAGGGCGGCUGCGGGACUGGCAGCCUGGCCACCUGCACCAAGUGCCGAGGCAGCGGGCAUCUGGCCUUCAACUGCUGGAACAUCGUAGCCGCUCCCGCUUCAAAACUCACAAACGACCAGGCCUGCACGCCAGGCCGGAGACUGGGAAGCGAGCUGCUGGACGAACAGAGACGCGCGGAUACCACGAACACGCGGCUGGCGCCAGUCAACGCAGGCCAAGCUCGAGGCGGCGAGGAGUCCGAGAUGCGCAAGCGCAAGCGAAGCUCUGAGAAGAGCAGCGAGACGAAGAAGAAAAGGAAGGAGACGACGUCAAAGAAGAGGCGAAAGACGGAGAGGAAGACCGACGCCGAGAAAAGAAAGAAGAGCGGUUGCAAGCACCGCGAAUGA